AUGACUAUAACCCAUAAUAUAUCACCAACAACCCCAAAUGUUGAUAAUAAUACUUUAAACCUCCCAGCAAAAUCCUCGAUACCUCCUGACAUUUCGACUUUAUCAAUCUCUUCGUUAUCAGAUUAUCAUGUAUUUGAUUUCCCUGGUAAGGAAAGUCAAAGAGAAGAAGUAGUAGAUAUACUUGAUCAACAAGGUUUUAUCCCAGAUAACUUAAUUGAACAAGAAGUAGAUUGGUUCUAUAAUUCAUUAGGUAUUGAUGAUCUUUUCUUCUCAAGAGAAAAACCACAAAUUAUAUCUAACAUCAUUCAUUCAUUAUAUGCUUCCAAAAUAGAUUCAUUUGCUAAAUCUAAUUUCAUUAAUAAUAAGCCACAAUAUUUUAAUAUCAAAAAUAAAAUUAUUACAGGACCAAAUCAUGCUAUUUUCAUGGAAUCUAAAGGACAUUCAAGAAAUACACAAAAGGAUACAAAUAGUAUGAAUGUCGAUAACUCUAAAGUUAGUUAUAUUGACAAUGAUGACGAAGAUCAACCUUACCAAUUAGAUCAAGAAAUAGAUGAUUUAUUCUUAGAUAAUAAAUUAAAACAUUCUUGCAGAUUAGUAUCAUUCUGGACUCAAGAAAGCGAUUUAAAAUUAACUUUUGUUUAUGAUAGUAAUUUUAUUCAACGUAACACUAUUUCUCAACCACCAGAUUUUAAUCAAAUUAGUAAUAAUAACACGAAUAAAGAUGAUAUGGAAAAAGAAAAGGAAAUUGAACAAAAUGAAAAUAAUUUCUUUAAACAUUUAAGUCCAUUAUCAACAAAUGAUCUUUUAAAGGGAAAUAUCGAUACCAUUUCUGAUAAAACAAUGGCUCAAGUUUCAUCAUUGGAAAAUAAAAAAUUAUAUGGUCAUUUAAUUAACUUGGUUCAAGAAAGAGAUGGCCCUGUCAUUAGAACUAUUCAUUCCAUUGAAAAUAAUGAUGAAAUUAGAUUAUUGGUAGCUUUUAAAAGAUUUUCCACUCAAAAAUAUUAUUCUGCUUUAAACUCACUUUUCCAUUAUUAUAAAAUUAAACCUUCAAAAUUUUAUCUGGAAACUUUUAAAUCUCCUAAUAUGAAAAAUAUUAAUAAUGAAAAUAUUACCAUCUUUUCAAUCUAUUUAAAUCAAUCUCAACAACCAGAAGAUGUAUUACCACAUGAUUUAGAAUUAGCUAUAAAACAGAUUGAAAGAGAAGCUUCAUUGUUAUAUACUAUCCCAAAUAAUUCUUUCAAUAAAGUUUAUCAACAAAGAUUGUUUUCUCCACAAGAAGCCAUCUAUGCUCAUGUGUCUGCUAUUUUCAUCAAUCAUUUCAUUAAUAGAUUAGGUUCUGAGUAUCAAACUUUAAUUUCUCAAAUUUCUGUAAGAGAAAACGAUACUGUCUUGUUGGAAGUUAUAACUAAUUUGAAAAAAAAAUUGAGAAAUGAAACUUUCACCCAAGAAAUGAUUAUUGACGUUUUACAUAAAUAUUCCAAAAUUGUAUCCAAAUUAUACAAGAAUUUUGCCCAAUUACAUUAUUUACAAGAUGAAAAUAAAAAAUUAGAGAAGACUUUAUCAUUUAAAAGAUUAGCAAGUAUAGAACCAUUUGCAAACGAUCAAGAAUUCGAAACAUAUUUAAAUAAAUUCAUCCCCAAUGAUUCUCCAGAUUUAUUAAUCCUUCAAACUUUAAAUUUGUUUAAUAAAUCCAUUGUUAAGACAAAUUUCUUUAUUACAAGAAAAGUAGCCAUCUCAUUUAGAUUGAAUCCAAGUUUAAUUAUGCCCAAAAUUGAAUAUCCUGAAACUCCAUUUGGUGUAUUUUUCGUCGUAGGGAAUACUUUUAAAGGAUUCCAUAUUAGAUUUAGAGAAAUUUCAAGAGGUGGUAUUCGUAUAGUUUGUUCAAAGACUCAAGAUAUAUUUGAUAUGAAUUCCAAAACUGUCAUUGAUGAAAAUUAUCAAUUAGCUUCCACUCAACAGCGUAAAAAUAAAGAUAUCCCAGAAGGUGGGUCAAAAGGUGUCAUUCUUUUAAAUCCUGGCCUUUUUGAACCUGAUCAGACUUUCAAUGCAUUUAGCCAAUACGUAGAUGCCAUAAUCGAUAUCUUAAUUAAAGAUCCAUUGAAGGAAAAAUAUAUCGAUUAUUUAGAUCAUGAAGAAAUUCUUUUCUUUGGUCCAGAUGAAGGUACUGCAGGUUUUGUAAAUUGGGCAACAAAUCAUGCUCAUAAGAGAGGUUGUCCAUGGUGGAAAUCUUUCUUAACUGGGAAAUCUCCAAAUCUUGGUGGUAUCCCACAUGACGAAUAUGGUAUGACGUCUCUUGGUGUUCGUGCUUUCGUUAAUAAAAUGUAUGAAACAUUAAAUUUGAACGAUUCUGUCAUUCAUAAAUUCCAAACUGGUGGUCCAGAUGGUGACUUAGGUUCAAAUGAAAUAUUAUUAUCCACAGAUAAUGAAAUUUAUGUAGGUAUCGUCGAUGGUUCUGGUGUCAUUUGUGAUCCAAUGGGACUAGAUAAAAAUGAACUAUUUAAAUUGGCACAUAAGAGACUAAUGGUUUCCCAUUAUGAUAACACGAAAUUUAGUAAAUCAGGGUUUUACGUCUCUGUAACAGAUAUGGAUUUAAUGUUACCCAAUGGGACCAUUGUAGCGAAUGGUACUACCUUCAGAAAUACUUUCCAUACUCAAAUUUUUAGAUUUGUCGAUCAUGUUGAUUUAUUUGUUCCAUGUGGUGGUAGACCAAACUCAAUUUCCUUGAGUAAUUUACAUUUCUUCAUUGACGAGAAAACGGGAAAAUCUAAGAUUCCAUACAUCGUGGAAGGUGCUAAUUUAUUCAUCGCCCAAGCUGCUAAGAUUGAAUUAGAAAAACAUGGUUGUAUUCUAUUCAAAGAUGCAUCAGCAAAUAAAGGUGGUGUUACAUCCUCAUCUUUGGAAGUGCUUGCUUCAUUAGCCUUAAGUGACAAUGAUUUCGUAAAUAAAUUCAUUGGUAAGAAGAAUAAUACUCUACAAGCGAGAUCGAUACCACGUACUGAUGGUAGCCUUGAUGAAAUUAUUGAAAGUAAUGAAAUCGAUAAUGAUAGUAUCCAAGAGGAUGAUGAUAAUGAAGAAAGAACUGCUCUAUACAAAUCCUAUGUUGUCGAAGUUCAAGCAAGAAUCCAAAAAAAUGCAGAAGCUGAAUUUAAUCAAUUAUGGAAAAUCAAUCAAUCAACAGGCACACCUAUUUCAGAGUUAUCGAAUAUUCUUUCAUUGACAAUUAAUAAAUUAAACGAUGAUUUAGUUGGUUCAGAAGAAUUGUGGUUAAAUGAUUUGAAAUUGCGUAAUUAUUUAUUGUUGAAUAAAAUCAUUCCAAAUUUAUUGAUUGAUGUAGCUGGUGCUGAACAAGUUUUAAAUAAUAUUCCAGAACCUUACUUGAAAGUAAUGUUAUCAAGUUAUUUGUCAAGUACGUUUGUUUAUCAAAAUGGUAUUGAUGUUAAUAUCGGUAAAUUCUUAGAAUUUAUUGGUGAAUUGAAAAGAGAAGUUGCAGAAAAAUCUUAA